AUGGUCAGGAGGACCGUCCUGGCCAUUUUGGCUAGCUUUUUGUUAGUUCAGACCGUAGAAGCUGUUCGAUGUUUAGAUUGUAUAGGAGAAUCUUGUAUGGGUGACUUCUGUAACGGCGAUGUUUGUGUGGUAUCACAAUUCACACCUCGUUGGGGCUCCCUUCAGCGAAAAUCGGAGGUCGUUAAGGGAUGCAUGAGUGGAAAGAUGUUGCGAAAAAACCUCCGAAGUCAUUGUGAAGUCGCGGAAGAUACAGAGGUAAGAGAGAAUUAUUGUUAGCACCGGAAUACACCUUCAUAAUUUGGUGAUUACAAAAUGCAAAUUUUGCAGGAUGUUUUUACAUGUUUCUGUGAUGACCAAGAGCUGUGCAACAAGAAGCCUGUUAGAAAGUACGAAUUAGAAGAAGUUAAACUCUAUCAAUGUACUUGUAAAGGACCUCAUUGUGAUGGAAAAACUUGUUAUGGAGAGCUCUGCUCGUUUGUCAAAAAUCAUUUAACUGGAGAUACCGAACAAGGCUGCGUAAAUGCAUCGCUCCCUUUGGUGGAAAGAAGGUCUGCUGGCGCCUGUAUGAUGCCUCCAAUGACUGGUGCUAUGCAUCACAGUGUGGCCAAGGAUGCGGAGCAAUUGCAGCAAACUGAGAGUUGCAUCUGCGCUGGAGAUUUCUGUAACCGCAAGAAGCCAAAGAUCACAGUCAACGAAGACCAACGUUGCAAUGCCAGUGUAGAAGUUACCAUGUUCGGCAACAAAGUAAGCUAAUUUUUUUAGUAUUGCAAAAAAAUAUUAACUGCAUUAAACUACGUAAUAAUUGUAGGCCUCCAGUGGUGUGGAGACUUGUCUGGGAGAAUAUUGCUUUAUUGUGAACAUUGCUAGCGAGAUGGGAGUCCCUGAUUCUUAUCGCACUCAGGGCUGUUUGAGUUACGUUGAUGGGGCCGAGUUGGCCGAGGAGUUGAAUCCAACUGGCUGUGCUAAAUUUGACAGCGAGAAAUUGAAAGUACAAGCUUGUUUGAAAACAAAUAAUCGGAAAACAAUUCGAAGGGCCGAAGCCAACCGGCAAGAGCCACCAAAGUCAAAGGGAAAGAAGUAAGUGAUGAAAACAGUAUUGUUAGUCUAAUUACAGGGUGGAAAUAGAAUAUGAUGAGGAAGAAGAGGAGGAAGAAAGAGAAGAAGGAGAAGAAGAAGAAAAAGAGAAAUCAGAAAGAAAACAAGAAAAGGAAGAAAAAGAGGAGAACGAAGAAGAAGAAGAUGAGAAGACCGUUUCGUCUACUCCGCAUUACAUCUUCGAACGACCGACCUUACCUCCAGAGCCAGAGGAUUCGAACACGGCAUUGAUCUCCGUCUUCGGCCUUCUUAUUUUGUUGAUUGCCUUAAGUGGCGUUGUUUGGAAAUUCGAGCUCCAUAAGCGACUCUUCCGUGCCAACUAUGAUACUGUGGCUGGUGGAUAA